AUGGAUUUCAUCAACAAUCUUUUGAAGAUCAUAAUCGACCGCAUAUCUCAAACAGCCUUCCCCUUCAUCUACCCAAUCUACUUGCUCUUCAAGUUCAUUUUCUUCAUAAUAAGGUCCACUUCCGCCGAAGAUGUCGCCGGAAAAGUCGUUCUCAUCACCGGAGCAUCCUCCGGCAUCGGCGAGCAUCUGGCGUACGAGUACGCCAAAAGAGGAGCUUAUUUGGCGCUGGUUGCCAGAAGGGAUCAUCGGCUCCGGGAUGUUGCUGAUGUGGCAGAGAUUUUGGGGUCGCCCUAUGCUCUCCUCAUCCAUGCCGAUGUUUCUAACCUUGAAGAUUGCAAGCGAUGUGUCGAUACAACUGUGAGUCACUUUGGACGAUUGGAUCACUUGGUUAACAAUGCCGGGAUUACCAGCAUCAACUUGUUUGAAGAAUAUGAGGACCCCAGAAAUAUUGCAUCAGUAAUGGACACAGAUUUCUGGGGAACGGUUUAUUGCACUUACUUCGCGAUUCCGUACUUGAAACAAACCCGAGGGAAGAUCAUCGGAAUUGCUUCCUCCGCCGCAUGGCUUCCCACCCCCCGCCUGAGCUUCUACAGUGCAAGUAAAGCAGCAGUGAUAAGCUUCUAUGAGACAUUGAGAGUGGAAAUUGGAAGUGAGAUUGGAAUUACGGUUGUGACGCCGGGGUUGAUUGAAUCGGAGAUGACGAAAGGGAAAUUCAUGUUCGAAGAUGGGAAGAUGUACAUUGAUCAAGAAUUGAGAGACGCUGUAAUUAGCGUGAUGCCGAUAGAACCCGUGGGUGGCGCGGUGGAAGCGAUGUUAAGGGCUGGUUGUAGAGGAGAUGAGUACGUGACGGAACCGCCGUGGUUGAGAAUGUCGUUUUACUGGAAGAUGUUUUUGCCGGAGGUGGUGGAAUGGAUGAAUUACUUGUUUAUAAUGACCGGAAGUUCCCCGACCGACACAUUUGGGAAAUGGCUGCUUGAGCUCACUGGAUUGAAGCCCCUUAUUUAUCCCCCUUCUGUUCGAUCGCCGGAACUGGGAAUACAAAUAUGAGUGUACCCCAAUAUAUGACCCCCU